GCCCCAAUCCCUCUACAUGGAGGUCUCCGACCACUUCAUCCUCUCCUAUCUCGACUCUCUCUACCGUCGUGUGGAAGAGACGGAGGAUCUUUCCUGCGCGUCGGACCUGGUGAGUCUACUAACGCAGUGUCCCCGCGUUCCCGACGAAGUCUUCGUGUACAUGAUCACGAGCUUCUCGCAGACGGCCAAGCAGCUGCUCGACGACUUCUCCGUGAAGGUGCUGGUCGAUCUGAUGAAGCUGCCCUCGCUGGUUCCUCGCUCCUUAGCCGCUAUGCUGGGUCUUUCCAAGUCCUACCAGAACCCUACCAACAACAACAACAACAACAACACGAAUAAUCCAAACAAUAACAAUAGUACUAACACAACCAAUAGCUCGAAUGGCGGCUCUUCCACGGCGUCGAACGCGUGGAUCCAAGCGAUGAUCGGUCUGCUUCGCGGCUCUCCGGCCAUCCAGCACUAUCUCGAGGCCUUUCUUCUUCAAGACGAUCCCCACUCCCAUCUUGCCCGCACUCUCCAGCAGUUCGCAGCCUUCCACGACGGCGUCUUCGUCCUCCCGCCCAUCGCCGAGGACGCCGUCGUGCAGCGCGCCGGCCAAUUCACGCUCGUCACGCCCGAAACCGCCAUGCAGCGCGCCCGCAACAACCGGCAGAGGCCCAUUCUCGAGCAGCUCCCGCAGCUCUCGCGCGUGCUGCCUCUGUUAGCGCUAACAGCCGUGCAGAUCCAAGCGCUCCCGCGCCUUCUGGAGUCGCUGGGCUCGCUGGAGAGCAUGGCGAUCGACGCGAAAACCCAGCUCAUCCAGAACCAAUUGGCGAAGUAUUUGCCGCACAUCGAAAGCAUCGUCGUGGCGCGCGCGGAGACGGAGCUGGACGACAGCGACGAGCUGCUGACGUACAACACGGAGGACCCAAACUACGCCAAAUACGCGCAGAUGAUGCAGAUGCUCGCGAACGCCGCCGACAAAAGCCGCGAACUCGUUCUCCCGAUCCUCAAAUCCUGCUUCCAAAUCUAUCGAAUUCCAAAGAACGACACGUUCUAUUCCGCGGUUACCGCGAUGUACCACGCCACCAACGAUCUUCGCUUCCUCUUCGCUCUGUUUAAUUGGAUGACGCCGGACCAAGCGCGCGCAACGCUUCGCCAACUCCCCUCGAUCCCGAUGCAGUUCAUCCCGGCUCUCUUCGAUCAGCUCGGCGUGCAUCCGUUCCCUCUGGAGCGCAGCGAAGUGAUCGCGUGUUUGUGCGAGGGAGAAGGGAAGGAGACGAACGAGUGUCUGAAGAUAUGCGUGCAGAACCAGUAUUUCUUGGACGAUGACGUGUUCAGCGCGAUUUUGCAGAGCUGUGAGGAGAGAGAAGUGUCGCAGACCGUGCUGAUUCUGGCGAUUCUGAUGGUGGAUAAUCGGAGAAAGGCGGUGAGGAAGCUGUGCAGCACGCUGGGAUCGUGUCUGAAUAAGGAGACGAAGGAGAUGUCCGAUUUGAAUAUCGAUUUGCUGGCGACUUUGGUGAAUAUGUGCGAUAAGAAUUCGGGAGAAUUGCUCUAUUUGCUGCCUCCAAAGACGCUGGGUACCGUGCUGGGUAAGACAAAACGAGGAAAGGAGUGGCUACAACGGUAUAUUGAAGAUGAAAAUAUGCCAAUUCCUGAUCAUGUUAUUCCCUUGUUAUGGUGUGUUUGUUUUGAUAUACAAAGGGAUCGAAGAGGAGAGUGA